ACUUCUUUUUACCAGUAGUGUGAUUUGAUCACAACUUCCUCGUUUCUGAUCACCAAGGAACAGGGGACGUCUUGCUGAUACGUCACUUCUGGUUGUAUCAAGUCACGUGACAAUUUUCCAACAUGUCUGCAGACCACCUCCCUUCUGAGUUUGAGGUUUUAAUAGUCGGGACAGGUCUUCCAGAAUCCAUCAUUGCGGCAGCGUGUUCAAGAAUCGGCCAGAAGGUUUUGCAUGUUGACAGGAGUGCUUAUUAUGGAGGAAACUGGGCCAGUUUUACAUUUUCUGGGUUACUGUCCUGGAUAGAAGAACACAAGCAUGAAGCCUGCAACAAAGAUGAAAUUAAAGAGUGGAAAGAUAAGAUUCAGGAAGAUGAAGAAGCUAUACUGUUAAACACUGUGGAUAAAACCAUAACGAACGUGGAAGUAUUCUGUUUUGCAAGUCAGGAUUCAGAGGACAAUAUACAGGAAGAGGGUGUCUUGCAGUUGAAACAUGAUAGUUCAGUUACUGCUGCUGGGACAGAGGAAGAUAGUGGUAGUUCAAAAGAUUGCCAUGGUCAACAAAUCCAGGCUACAGUUACUAAUACUGUAGAGUCAUCUCCUUCAGAGGAUCCAGUAAGGAGUGAUUCACAAGCCUCUGCCCAGGAAACAGAUGAUGCACCAUCCACCCAGGAAGAAAACCAUGGCAAUAUGUGUUCUACAGAAUCUGAAAAACAAGAAGCUGGUGUAACUGAACAGAUCUCAGAAUGUACUGAUGAAAAAAAGAGGAAAAAGAUCACCUAUUCCCAGAUCAUCAAAGAAGGCAGAAGGUUUAAUGUUGAUUUAACUUCUAAGCUUCUGUAUGCCAAGGGCUCUUUGGUUGACCUCCUUAUUAAGUCCAACGUUAGUAGAUAUGCAGAAUUCAAAAAUGCUACCAGGAUACUUACUUACCAAAAUGGAAAAGUGGAGCAGGUGCCUUGCUCACGAGCAGAUGUCUUUGCAAGCAAGCAGCUUACUGUGGUGGAGAAGAGAAUGCUAAUGAAGUUCCUCACAUUUUGUAUGGACUAUCAGCAACAUCCUGAAGAAUAUUUGGAUUUCAAAGACCAUACAUUUGUAGAGUUUUUGAAGAUGAAAAAGCUAACGGCAAACCUGCAGCACUUUGUCCACCAUUCGAUCUCCAUGGUCUCAGAGACUGAUAAAACCACCGAGGGCCUCCGUGCAACCCAGAAUUUCCUGCAGUGUCUUGGGCGUUAUGGAAACACCCCCUUCCUUUUCCCCCUAUAUGGAAAUGGGGAAAUCCCACAGUGCUUUUGCAGAAUGUGUGCAGUUUUCGGUGGAAUCUACUGUCUUCGACAUGUAGUGCAGUGCUUGGUGGUAGACAAAGAAACAAAGAGAUGUAAAGCAGUGAUCGACACUUCUGGCAUGCGAAUCAGCUGCAAACAUUUCAUUGUGGAAGACAGCUAUGUGGCAGAUGAGCAGCGCAAGAGUGUCCAGCAUAGACAGAUUUCUAGAGCUGUCCUCAUCACGGAUAAGUCUUUGUUGAAGGCAGAGUCGGAUCAGCAGAUUUCCCUUGUAACGGUUCCCCCACUGGAGCCUGGCCGUCCUGCCGUCCGCAUUGUUGAACUCUGUUCCUCUUCCAUGACAAGUAUGCAGGGGACGUACUUGGUCCAUCUUACCUGUCCAUCUUCAGGGACUGCUAAAGAAGAUUUGAGUCUAGUUGUGUCCAGAUUGUUUUCUGAAAAUGUGGAUGCAGAUGAAAAGGAUGCUGAUUCAGGCAUGGAGAAGCCUUCAGUGUUGUGGGCUCUGUAUUUUAACAUGAGAGACUCUUCUGUAGCAGAGAGAAGCUCCUACAAUCUGCCUAGUAAUGUCUAUGUCUGUUCUGGACCGGACUCUACUCUUGGCAGUGAUCAUUCUAUUAAACAGGCGGAGAGUAUCUUUGGUCAGUUGUUCCCUGAUGAGGAGUUUUGCCCUCCUGCCCCAAACCCUGAAGACAUUAUUUACGAUGGAGAUGGAGCUGAGGCAGAGAAUGCAGGCUUUGGGGCCCCUUUGGGGCCAGAGCAUAACAAGCCAGAAGAGGGUGCAGUUCCAGAACAGGAAAAUGAAAAAGCAAUGACAGAAACAACAGAGAAAAACACCUCUGUUACCCCAGUCAGUCUGGCUACUUGCAAUGAUUCAACAGAAGAACAAGAUACAGAGUAACUCCAUGAAAGUUCUUUCUUCUCAUGAAACAGAAUUCUACUAGUUCUUGUAUCUAUUUCAAACAUGUAACAUGCCUCAAAGCCUUAUGAAUAUGGUAGAUAUUUAAACAAAAAGCCUUUUAAGAAUGUAAGCUUAUUUUAAUUUCCUUCAUGUGCAGGCUGUCAAUGUUAACAUUGUUAAAGAUUUAAGGAAUCACUUACUUUUAUAUGUUCAUUGUAUCUAAGGUGAAUGGACAUUCAUUUAAAACUAAUUAAUGGCACAUCUAUAACUUAAUGAAAUGAUAGCUUAAAAAAUGAUUCUAUAAAUUUUACACAUUUUGCACUUGCAUUAGCUUCAUUAGUCUCAAAUGUGCAGUUUUUAACAUGAUAUCUGGUACUUCUUUAGGUUAAAGAAUGUUCUCAGUUUCUAUGCCUUUUUCCAGUCAUAUGUUUCACUUGUAAUUACUGGGUCAUUUUGCUUCAGCAGUGUCUUCUGGAUCAAAGCAUGUUACCAACUGAAAGCAUGUCAGUCAAUAUGGGAAGCAGCUGGUUGGUUUGACAGGAAAUGACCAAGCAAGUGCAACACUAACUUAAAGCAUGGCUUGCAAACAGAUCUCUUUACCAAUACAAAAAUCGCUAUAAUAUGUUUUUCUUUCAAAACUCCACAUUUGAGACCUAUAUAACAAAUGGACGUGCACAACGAUUUAUGAAAUAAUUGUUAGCUACAAUCACUUCAACCCUAACAUGGCUGCAUUUAAUAUUUUUAGCAAUGCAUGUGAUUAAAGAAAAAAGAAUGAACACUUCAUUGAUUUACAACUUUUUUCCUGAUUUACAACUUGCUGAACAGUUAUCACUGCAGCAAAAUGUCUGCAAUAUUUAAUAAUUAUAUUAAAAUAAUAAUGUCCCUAAAACUUGUCUUAUAAAUGUCUUCAUAGAUUAUUCAAUUUACUAGUUUAAAUAGCAUGAUGGGGUUUUUUUUUUUUUACAUUGGUUUAGGUAUGCCGUCUAAACUGCUGGAUUUUUUUUUGUUUUUUAAUAAAUUUAAGUUUCUCCAA